AGACACACUUCCUCCUCUAUACUCUCCUUGACUGAUGCUCACAGACUCACAACCGACCACAACAAACAACAGCCGCUGUGUCCUGCUGCUGUAUCUCGUGCUGUGUCCUGCUGCUGUAUCUCGUGCUGUGUCCUGCUGCUGUAUCUCGUGCUGUGUCCUGCUGCUGUAUCUCGUGCUGUGUCCUGCUGCUGUAUCUCGUGCUGUGCCUCGUCCUGUGUCCUGCUGCUGUGCCUCGUGCUGUGUCCUGCUGCUGUGCCUCGUUAAGAUGAGCCACGACGUGAUAGUUGAUGCUCUGCCAUACAUCGACACAGGUUAUGACGAGCCAGGAGUGAGAGAGGCGGCUAUCGCGAUGGUGGAGGAUGAGAAGAAACGUUAUCGCCCCACCAAGAACUACCUGGAGCACCUGCCCCAGCUCAACCUGAAUGCCUUUGAGACAGAAGUGAUGCGUUGUGAGUUUGAGCGCGUGGCCGCCCGACAACCUAUGGACACCCUGAGCAUGAAGCGUUACGAGCUGCCGCCGCCGCCCCCGGGUAAAAUGACAGAUGUUGCCGCCUGGGGUGAGUGUGUUGACAACUCGAUGGCACAAUUGGAGCACCAAGCGACCAGGAUCACAAACUUGGACUUAAUGAAUGAGUUUGGUUCUGAAGCAUGGAAGGCUCACAACAACAUUUUGCAGCAUAUGUUAACCCGCUCUCAGGCUCAGCUGCAGGAGUAUAAGAAAGAAAUACAAGAACUUAACUGGUCAAGAAAAAGUAUGCAGACUAAAGCUGGGGAGGAACUACGCCACCUGGAGACCAGCUGGGUGUCCCUCGUCUCCAGGAACUACGAGAUAGAACAGGCCUGUGUGUUGCUGGAGGCAGAGAUAGCCAAGUCUGAGCGGGAAAAAGAGAUUCAAGAAUAAAAAUGUCAAGUAAUUAGAUGAAAUGGUCUUGAAUUUCCACCCUGUGUUAAGGUUUCUUUUGGUAGUACAAAUGUGGGUAGAAAAUGGCAGUUGAUUUUGUGCUUGAUGUGAACACUGGUGACCAAACAGACCUUUUUAAACCUCCCAGUUACUUUGUUGUGAGUAAUGUCAUGUUUCCUCAGCUCAAAACUUAUCCCUGUAAGUGUAUUUUGUGGUAUAGUAAAAUGUUUAAACAAAGGACAGAUUUACCUACGACCUGUACAAGACAAAGACUGUCACGUUACCUCGUUGUGGAGAUUUACCCUCAUUAACACUUAAUAAAGGUGAGGUGUGUCUCAACUGGGCAAAGAAAAUAUAAAAAUAUGAGGAUAUCACUGUCAAACUGUGUGUGUGUACGCUGUAAUUUGAACAAUUAAUGCAUGAACACUCGGUCCAAAAGGCAUCCUUACAAUUUUGUGUGAGAUAAUAUAACACAACGGACGAUGGACUCUAACAAUCCUACCGAGACAACAGGAGCUGCAGCAUUCAUUUUGUAAUUCACCACACCGCUUUUGGAGCAAGUCUAUAGUAGUGAAUAUUCAAUUGCUCAUUUGUGAGUUCCAAAAUUUUUUUAAUGUUAAUAAAUAGUUCAAAAGA